UCUGAAUAGCCUGAGGUCAAUGGCCGCCGUCCUUGGGAAUCUGGCCUCACGGCUCGUGUCGAGAAGAUUUAGGAGGACGAAAAGUUGCAGCUGGAGACCACGCUCGACAAACAAACACUAGGUUCGUGCACGUGGACUGAAAACAGCCAUAGUGAGAAUUAAACACGUAAACUAAGCUUGGAAGAGCGAUGAGCCAUGCGAAACCUUACUCUUGGAGCUCAUUUUUAACGCCAUUGCCAGCUGGUUGGGUGGGCGCAAGUACUUUGGCAAGAGCUUCCGGGUGCCCGCCCCAACCCACAUCCACUAUGAACAGGAAAUGACUUGAUGCUGCUUUAUACCUGCAAUCAUGACCGGGGUGCACAACCAUGUCAAUUUCCCAGAAGAACUCGCGAUCCAUCCCUUACUUCCACGUGAUGCUUACUCUACAUGCGAUUUUUGGGAUAAACAGCAACUUGCCUUUGGUGCUGAGGCACAACAAGAAGGGAUCGAGACUUAUGGGAUCGCAGGUCGCGUUUGGGAAGCGGCAUAUCUAAUGAACAGCUACAUCGACCAUCCUUCUACUUGGGAGUUCGAUCCGCUCAUGAUCGAUAAGCAUCUAUCUGGGCAAAAACGAGUUUUUCUCGAACUUGGUUCUGGCACGGGCAUUGUUGCAGCGAAAAUAGCUCAAGCGGCUGCUUUGUCCGGGCGAGAUCUAGUCAUCGCAACUGAUCUGCCCGAAGUCUGCCCGCUUUUGGAGAAAAAUCUUUUUGUCACGCCAAAGGGGGAUUCAGCAAACACGCAGGUUACUUUAGUACGACCUCUUUCGUGGGGUGAUUAUGAUCAUGCCGUCAACAUUGUACGAGAGCUUAAGCUCGUCGAUGAUCCAAGUGGACAUGAGCACGGGUGUAUCACGCACAUAAUCUGCAGUGACCUUGUAUAUUUCCCGGAGCUUUUAGCUCCCCUUUUACGCACCCUUCUCCAUCUGACCUCUCCUCCCUCUAUCUCCACUUUCGAAUCACAACCACGAGUCAUCAUAUCAUACAAAAUCCGGAGUAUUUCUAAAGAGACUCCAUUCUGGUCUGCAUUCGGCUUGUGGUUCUCGUUUGAACCUGUUAUCGCACGAAAAAUUGAUGCGAAUAACUCGCUCUCCGAGUGGCAACGAUUCGGAUCUGAUAUAGGGGGUGAUGGCGAUCUGGCAUUCAUCUUCGUGGCACGUAGACGUCCAGAAUCACUAAACUGGAUUAUUCCGUCGGGGAAUAUUGAUCUACUUGGAGGCGUUGGCGCAGGGGGGACGUGUGACAAGAAGAGUGAUGAGACUUUUGAGACCUUGCUCCUCAUGGGUCUUGGAGAGUGAUAUAUAAUCACUUUACAUUUAAGGUACAACACCUAUUCAAAUACCAGGAGAUACAUAUACAUACAUACCCAAGUUGCAACACAGGAUUCGAUAGCAAUUCCCACCUCCCCAUUACGUAUUAGGAUACUCCGAGCCCUCCGUGAUGGUAGAAGCGCUGGUUUCCAUUCUCCAGUAAACCUACGGAGUUGUCGAAAUUUUCAAU